AGUUGGAAAUUAUGAAGGAGGAUCACAAAUUUUAAUAAAAGCACUUCGUCAUUGUAUAAAUAUUAUUGAUUUACGACUACAAAUUCGCCAAGGAGAAACACAAGAUUUUAUGGAAUUCUUUAACAAUAAUAAUCGACUUGAAAUAACAACAUUUAUUUGUCAUGGAGAUUUUAAUGUUGAAGAAUUGUUAACACAAAUGAGUCGUAGAUGGCCGAAUACAUUAUCAACCCUAAAUAUUAAAGGACAAUGGAUGAUAACACCAGAAUCUUUAAAAACAUUUCUUAAAGAUAGUAAAUCAUGUUUAAAACAUUUGGAUUUACAUUCAUCUAAUCAUCUAACGGAUGAUCAUGUUGCAGCAGUUAUUGAAUAUUUAAAAGAAAUGAAAGCGGCGAAAAAACCUCAUUUAUGUAGCAUCUUUAUGUCUGGUGACCGAAUAACGAAUAACGGAAAAGCGAG